AUGAAAAACGUUUCAGAAUUCACACAAGAUCCAACAGGGAAAUAUUUGCAUCAACUUCUUCGGAAAUUGAAUUAUGGUGAUUUGGAAAAGUACCCUUCAUCAAAGCUUGAAAAUUACAAUCUUCCCGUUGAUCCUAGCGUAUUGGAUUGGGUAUUUCAUUGCAACAAUGAUUCUACUAAAUUCAUUUGCAAAGUUUGUGAUUCCAUCUCUGAAAAUUACAAAAAUAGCGUCCUCACAGAGAGUGAAAUAUCGGAAUAUGAAGAGCUGGAGAGGUAUGGAACAGUGUUACUCGGAAACGAAUUGGAUCAAGCACUAGAAUUGGGAAGCUUCUCCUAUUACAAGAGUAAAGAUGAUGCUGAUAUUGAAGAAUUGGAAAAACAAUUAGAGGAAUUGAAUGAUGAAUUGGAUACCCUAGAAAAUAGUUUGGAGAAAAAGAAGGUACAACGAGAUAAAUUGGAGCAACAUUUCGAUUCACUAAAGAAAAGAGGUUCCAGAAACGAGCAACUGGAAAAAAAAUCAUCAAUGAUUCAAUCCAUUCAAUCACGUAACUCUGAAUACAACAAGACACUUUUACAUACGAAACAAUGCGUUGAAGAGUUUGUUAAGACAAUAGCUAGCUCAGAAUCAAACUUGGUAGCAAACUCUGACUUGACAUCUAUUGUAGAGGGCGAUGAACAGCUUAAAAAAGAGAUUGAACUUUUAAAUAAUCGAUACUAUGAACAAAUUGAUACUCAACAAUGCGAAUAUCAGGAUGAAAAUGAUAUUGAGAGCGAACAUGGCAAACAUUCGAAAGAACUAAAACGAUUAGCGUCAAUUUACAAAACAACGGAAGAACAAUAUUUAACAGCCCUGGUGACAAACAGAAAAUAUCAAGCGGCUCUAGAAUGUGUGAAAAACCAAAAGGACAAUAUUCACACGUAUCAACACUUUGAUGCUACUAUCUUAAUAGAGAACAUUGACAAGACGUCAAAACAAAUUACUUCCAUCAAAAAUAUAAUUACCCAAUAUAUCAAUGUAGAAAUUCCAUUACUUGUCAAAGAUUUGACCGAGCUUCAUUCAACACGUGUCAUUGAUGGAGACUAUUCUAUGAAAAUUGAAUACGAAAAGAAGAAGAAUGAAAAAUUAGAUGUUGUCCUACAACAUAUUUUGAGGAGAUUCACAAGUUUAGAUUUAUUGAAAGAAGCUUUCCACUUGGAACACAAAACAAUUUAUGACAAUUACUUAUUGAUUACUUGUAUCAUUAUUGAGUUAAACGAGACACUUACCAAUUACGAAAAGCGAUUGCAUCAUUACCAAAGAUUACACGAGCUGUAUACUAUCGAUCAACAACAAGAAGAUGAACAUGACAUCCUUAAUCCAAUAUUUGCUGAUCUGAAUGUUUUACUUUCCAAUGACAAUGAAACAUUUAUUUCCAACUCCCACCUAAAAACAAAAAGUUUAUCUCACAUUUUGCUAACCUCUCUCUAUGAAAAUAGAAAAGAAGUAAGCACUCUCAAACAACAGUUGGAUGAACUCAUUGACAACGCUGUGAAACGAAAUGAAAACCUUGAACAUUGUCUUUUCCAUACCAAGCUUUCUUUCAUCAAAGAGAAUGAAGAGGACACGACCCUUCCGACUCCAAUUCUUAUUCCCAAAGAAAUUAUUGAGCAAAUGCAAUCUCUCAAAAUUCAAACAGACGAUUUGAGUAUUCUCAUGAAACAAGUUCUUGAAGAACAAUCACAGAAACAACAUUUACAACAAUCGGAUGAAUUCAUUCAGAAAGAACGAAGUCUUUCAAAAUUCACAGAUCUUCUCAAACAAUAG